UAAUGGAGGUUUAUAUACUAAAGAUUUUCAUUAGCUCAAAUUAUGUGAGUUUAUCGUAUAUUUUUACCUAAAUAUAUUGAGUUGUUGAAAUGAAACAAUUAAUUGGUCCAGAGGACCAUGUGCUGUUCUUUUUCCUUAGCCAAGUUUUUGCCCCUAAGGGUUUUCUUGGCCAAAGGUUUUACAAGGUAUUUUGUGGUUUCAAAAGAGUGAGAAAGAUAAAUAACAUUUGGAAGACUAUUAUCCUCUAGAAGAGUGACUUUAAUAUUAGUUCAGAAGAUAGUACCCUGAAGAUCUUAAUUGGUUCUUGUAAGGUCGAACAAUUGAUUGGUCCGGAAGGCCAAAUGCAAUUGUACUCUUUUUCGUUAACCAAAUUUUGUCCCAUAGGGUUUUUAUGGUCAAAGGUUUUAAUGAGACAGUUUGUGAUUCUCAAACAACAUAUUGUGAUUCUUGGAGUAUUAUUUUUCUCUAGAAGAGUGAAUUCAAAUGUAAUCUAGAAGAUUAGGCCCCGAAGGCCAAUGACUGUGCUCUUUUCCUUUACUAAGUUUUUCCCACGUGGUUUUCUUAGUUAGAUGUUUUUAAUGAUGCAGUCAAUACACACAUCAUUUUUUCUAUAUUAUGUACUCUUUUCCUUGAUUGGUUUUUCCCCAAAGCGGUUUCCAACAAGUUUUUUAACGAGGCAUACCCAUAGUACAAUAUUUCAUUUGAGAGGCCAGUAACCAGAUUGGAUUAAAUUGGAUUCGAGAAGAAGACAUGAAGUGAUGCAGUCAACACGAGGAGCACAUACACGUUGCACUUUUUUCCCCAUGUUCAAGGUUUUUAAUGAGGAAGCAUUUUCAAGCGUAUAAAGAGAAAAAUCAUAUUUUUCUUGUAGUGUUUUUUGUUUAGUAAUGUACAUCGGGGGGUGUUAUGGAAUGUGUAGAUGUUCAUUAGAGAAUAAUGUUCAUUAUUAGAGAAUAAUGUUCAUUAUUCUCUAGCCCAUAUUUGUUGUUAGGGCUUAGCUCAUUACCAUGUACCCCCAUUUCCCGUAUCUCAUAUGUUAAUGAAAAGGAGACAACAUUAUUGAGAUUUACCACAAAUAACACAUAAUGUCACCUUAUCAAAAUAUUCACAUACCGAAACGGUAUACCAAAAUUUUGAUACCGUACAAGUACAAAAAAUUGGUAAAACGCCACACCUUACUGAAAUUAAAUACACCAAAUUAUUACUAUCCCUCAUUUUUAGUUACACCAUAUUUAGUUUUACAUUAUUUACAUACUCUACUUUGAGUACACUCCAUUUAUUAUUGUAUGAACAUUUUUUUGUUUGAAAAAUAUUGUUAAUUUGUCUCAUUAUGAAUUUUAAAAAUAUGUUUUUUUAUUAAUAGAGAAUUAAAUAUAUUGAUGGUCAAUGUUGUGCAUUGAAAAACGUGAAAAUGAAAUAUUGCAACUAAAAAGAACAAAGAAGGUAUAUCCUAAAUGAAUUAACAAAAGUGGUGUAGCUAAUGAUAUACUAAACUCAUUAAUAUAAAAAUUCACAAAAUAUGACUUUUACAUUCCAAAAGUUUCAGUAUGGCAAAUGUAUGCGAUAAAAUAUUAGGUAUGUCGUACCAAACCACCCCAAAUGUGAUUAGGCAUUUCGAUGGGCCUAGUUUGGACCUAGAACCAACCCAUGUCCUCCAUUUCCUAAUGGGUGUGGGUCCACGUUUAAUUUCACGUACCCCGAUUUGAACUCAAACUCAUUAUUUAUUUUGACACAUGAGCAGCGUGUGAUACAAGCUGCUCCGACCCAUUAAGAAUGUGACUCAUUUAAAACUUACACGUAGUAUUUGAUAAUACAAACAUAUAACAUAUAUGAAUAUAACACACACAGAUAUUGUGCGGUUCCAAUGAGAACAAUGUUUAACUUGAGAACAUAACAACACUCACAUGUGACCCAACAUGAUGCACAAUGAAGGUCAUGUGGUGCACAUUUAAACUUUUCUCAAAUAAGUCAAUAUUAAAUAAUUGCGGUGACAUUUUCGUAAAUAGUAUGCUUAACGUGAAAAGGUGUAAUGGUCGAAUCUAAUUGUGCAUCACAUUGUAUAUAUACAUACAUAUACAAUGAAUGUGGUUGAUGAUUUAGUGUACAAAUUAAUAUUACUCGUUCCAUUGAACUUUCACAACUUUGAGUUAUGUGAGAAAUAAGAAAAGUAUAAAUUGUGUGAUUGAGGUUUGAACAGAGGAGAGAGAAAUGAGUACAACAACAAAUUAGUUUCUUUAAUGGGAACGUGACAAAGUUUUUCGAAUAAUUAAAAAAAUGUGGACAAUAUCUAAUGAGACGGGAUGAAUAGUAGCUACCAAGAAAAAAAAUUAAUAUUGUACGAUCAUAACUAGUAGUUACAUUUGGUUUUUGAUUUUUUAAAACAAUUGCGGUUAUAUGAGUAUUAAUUUAGACAUGUCUAUCUGACCCAUUUUUUAAACCUAAUUGGUCUGAGUGUGGAACACUUAUUCUACACUGGUUGGGUAAUGGAUCCAAGUCUGGAACAUAAAUAAAUCAGCGAUUCCAAGUUUGAAACAUUAUGCUCCUACAACUAUAUCGGCUACCUAUUGAAUUUGAAUUGCAGUGACAAUUGGGUGAUUUGGCUGAUUUCGAGCUUUUCAGCAAAAUGGUGAAUCGUGAAUGCCAACCGAAGUAAUUGCUUUAACGACAACGACUCAUCUUUUCCAUUGUCGCUGGUCUUCUUCCACUUCGCAUGGGGAUGCUUUUCUUUUUUAAAAGGGGUAAUUUAGAUAUUUGAAUUAAUUUUAUUUAUUUUUAUGGGGGAAAUUGACCUUGAACCCCACUUUUUGUGUGUGUGUGGGGGGUAUUUAGACCAUAUCAAGAUGUAUUUUGAAAAAACUUUAACUUUGCACCCCAACACUUAACAUUUUGUGAAGAAAAAAUUCUGAAUGAGGUGCAAGUCAAAGAAAUUUUAAGUGCAAUGGGGUACAAUGUGAAAAGUCAAAAACUUUUGAAAAUGAGGUGCAACGUCCAAUACUACUAUACCCAAAAAGUGGAGUGUGAAGUUAAAUUCCCCUUAUUUUUAUUUAAUUAUUUGGCAAUGAAUGGCAAUUUGGAAGUUACGAAUAUAAUUACUCUUUAACUUGAAAUGCUCCUAGGGAAGGAUCUAUGUACGAGCUAUAGUUGGUUGAAGCUCAGGGUAAAUUUUUUUUCCAGUGUAAAUUUUUUCAUUUUUCGUAUUUAGCUCACCCUCUAAUAUUUAAGUCUAGUCUAAUUACGCUUCAGCCCAAUCCAAUCUAAAUUCUUAAACACCCAUUGGAAUGUCUGCAAAGUAUGAAAAGCCACCACAAUGUACUGAAUCAGUACAUGCACCACACCUUGCAUUUCAAAUAACCAGAUAAAAGAUAGCAAAUUUCAAGGACUAGAAUAAUAUUUAUUUUUUGAUUUAUUAUUACUACCUCUGUCCUACUAACAUUGAGACAUGAGGGGAGAGUAAAAAUGAUUUAAAAUCACGCAUAAUUUACCAAAUUUGGUAUGAGCAAUCUUAAUGAAACGGAUCAAAAAGAUGUGACAAUCUUUGCGGGACAGUGAGAGAGUAUUUUUUAAAUAACUCUUUGGAUUAAGCCAUAGUAAGAUGUAUUUAGACCAGGUUUAGAAAUGACAAAUAAACAAAUCCAAAAUUGUUAUAUCUAUAAAUGUACAUUUCCAUUAGAUAAUCCAUAAGGUUGGUUUUAAUUUAAAUCAUAACUGCUCAAAACUAUAUCAAGCACCAUAACUACUGUUGAGUUUUAUCCAACACGAUAUAGUAAAUAUAUGUAUAAAUGUGUAUGAACAAGCUCGAUUUUUACGUGGAAACCCGAAAGGGAGAAAACCACGGGACUUUUUAGGCUAAUGUCCAAACCCUCUCAUUCUCAUUAGGCUCUCCUCACCAUUACAUAGUACAUUUUGAGCUCCCAUUAAUGGAGUCUUGCAAGCUAUUCUAGAAAGAAGAAAUGAGUUGGGGGAAGAAGGGAAAAGGGGAUCAAAAGAGAUCCUUUACAUGGAGGCUAAGCUCCGUAUUUAUAGGGGAAGGAGAGAACGGGCUCUCCACCCUAAUGGGCCAAACGGGCCGAUAUCGGGCCUGGUGGUCAAAGUGGGCCGAAUGGGCCGAAAUGGGCCGAAAUGGGCCUAGCUGCUCGGGCUCCGCACUGGAUAAUGUCUUGGGCUCCUGAACAGUAACAGACCGGGAUAAUGUCUUGGGCUCCGCACUGGAUAAUGUCCCUCCUAUCUGAUCUGGGGAGCUAAUCGUCGUUUGUCUACCGUAUCCGUGGUCCUAUGUACGGACCGCUAAGCGGUGUACACUCGGCACGCAACAGACUCCGGUAAAGAACUGGUUCUUCGAGUCUGAUCCAUGGAGCUGGUCUUCGUUCGUCUACCGUAUCCGUGGUCCUAUGUAUGGACCGCUAAGCGGUGUACACUCGGCACGCAAUAGACUCCGGUAAAGAACUGGUUCUUCGUGUCUGAUCCAUGGAGCUGGUCUUCGUUCGUCUACCAUAUCCGUGGUCCUAUGUAUGGACCGCUAAGCGGUGUACACUCGGCACGCAACAGACUCCGGUAAAGAACUGGUUCUUCGUGUCUGAUCCAUGGAGCUGGUCUUCGUUCAUCUACCGUAUCUGUGGUCCUAUGUAUGGACCGCUAAGCGGUGUACACUCGGCGCGCAACAGACUCCGGUAAAGAACUGGUCCUCCGUGUCUGAUCCAUGGAGCUGGUCUUCGUUUUUCCCAAGUCUCGUGAUUACUGGUCUCCUGGUUUCGCAGGAGACGUUCGUCAUCCCAACUAUGAGAAGAAACAGGUUUAUCCACGUCGGGAUUCCCUAUCUCUGUUCGUCCCCAGUCGUGAGUUACUAGUCUUCUGGUUUCGCAGAAGACGUUCGUCAUCUGUCCAUAAGGGGGAGGAACAGGUACACCCUGUCAGGGUUCCCGUUUCUUCGUUCGUCCCUGUCGUGAUCCUACUAACCUUCUUCCCUCGAAGAAGACGUUCGGUCAUUCACCGAUCGCAAGGAGGAACUGGUUUACCCUAUCGCGGGUUCCCUGCUUCGUCGUCCCAUGCUCGUGGCCCUACUAGCCUUCUGCUCUGGCAGAAGGUGUUCGUCGAUCCACGGGUCAUGGGAGGAACUGGUUUAUCUUGCCGAGGUUCCCUUUGGUUCGUCUAGCCCCCCCACGUUCCUACUGGCCUCCGCGUCGGGAGACGUUCGUCAUACGCGGCGAAGGAAGAUCUGGCAUACCUCGUCAAGACUCCCUCUCUCAUAGGAUCUCGUCUCCCCUUCUCCCCAUCUUUUUUUUUUUUGAGGGAGGAAAAUAUGUUCGUCGGUUCUAAGAAUGACCACAAGUGAUGUCACACAUAAUGGUGGUGGGAUAUCAAAAUGAAUAGAAUGACGAGGCGAUGGAAAUGCUGGUCGUCAUGCGAAGGCGAUGGUCACCCUCCUGAAGGGAGGGGUGAGCUCGAUCGCUAACUCAAGAAGGUCAGCAUUGGGAGCCGAUAUACAAUGAUCAUAAUGUCGCUGAGCAGUCGGUCCUGAUAAUGGAGAUGGCAAUAGUGUCCGGUCAGGCCGAUAUAUCCGAGCAACGGCUCUCAUCCAACGCAGCGCGGGGAUGAAACCGGUCUUCAAAAGAUAAACACGCCGUGUCGGGAGGCCGGUCGUGAUAUAACUGUGUCGGCAAUGAGAGGCCGAUCUGAGAAAACAAGCAACGGCCGUCAUCCGCGAGGAGUGGGGAUGAAACCGGUCUUCAAAUAUGGAAAGCACGUCGAGCCGGAGGCCAGUCGUGAUAUAACGGUGUCGGCAAUGAGAGGCCGAUCUGAAAUCCAAGCAACGGUCCUCAUCCGCGCAGUGUGGGGACGAGGCCGGUCUUCAAAUAUGAUGACCAUGCCGUGCCGAGGGGCCGGUCAUGAUGUAAUGAUGGCGUCAGACGGCCCUCGGCCGUGAUGAUCUCUUCUAGGCCAUCGGCCUCUGAAUGACGGGUGAUCGUCUCACGGUUCUCUGUCAUGGCAUUCGCCUCUAGACCCUCGGCCUCUAGGUGUUCUUCCUAGGCCAUCGGUCUCUGGGGUGGAGAUGCUCGUCCCACGGUUCUCAACCGUGGUGGUCUCCUCUAGGCCCUCGGCCCCUGGGUGGAGAUGCUCGUCUCUCGGCUCUCAGCCGUGAUGGUCUCCUCUUUAGCUGGCCCUGAACGUCUUUGAGACUCAGGCCGAGCGUCUUUUAAUCAUUUUGCUCGAUCACGUCGAGCGGCUUCAGCUGCGCAAUAAGCAUGGUAACGGGCCGCACGGCCCGACAAUAUGUAUACACACAUAACCAUCUGCAUGGCUUUCUUUCUAACACCCACGAUUACCGGCCUAUGGGUUACCGUGACCCUCGGCCCGGCACAUCGUGCGGGGUUAAUGGACGUAGUAGCUCGCGCCAGGGCCAACUAGCAGCCCACCGAACGUCACAUAGAAAUAUUCACCGGUCUGUGAGUUUUCAACUCAGACCCAAGUUAAUCGCACUGCCCUUGGAAAAAGGAGGUUGAGUGCUUUGGUGCCUUCGGGCCCUACAGGCCGCGUUUGGCACAGUCACUUCGCCCAGCGGCGCAGAUGGUACUAGGGUACGAUCGUCGCUCGAGCACUUGGUGUCGUGCGGACUAAUUCGUAACCCCCAAAUUAAAACGCGUCAUCGGAGCACUACCCUCUGGAGACGCUCAGAUCGCUAAUCAAAGCCGAUCGAGGGUGGGCUAAUUGGGCCCACCAACAAUUAAACAUUUAAUAAAAUGUUGGCCGAACUAACUAUCACUAGAGCUUCGCUCCGCAUUAUUUAAUUUUGGGAGAUUUUAUUCCCUAAUAAAUAAUGGUGAUAAAAAUACUGUUUCUACUUCGUCAAUAAGUACGAAGCACGCUCUACAAACAAUCACGCACUUUAAUUGGUAAAAGGAUGAGUAAGUGGUACUUAGCUCUUUUUGGCAUCGAUGCUCGGCCAAGUGAGAAUUUAUGGAGUUGAUUGAAUUCCUUUUUGUUUGACCUGGUCAACCUUGCUAAAGAGCCAAAGACUUCAAUUAUUCAGCUACUCCAAAGUCCAAAGUAUACGUACGUUCAAACCAAGGUCCUCGGCUUAAUGGAAUUCCCCAACUUGACUUGGUAAAAUUACUCCAAGGAAAAUGGCCCUCAUUGCCUGGCCUCAAAUUGCAGACGUGGUCUGCUCUUGGCCAAAACCUUUAUGCGGAGUACAUCUCUUAGGAAAGGCAGAUGGAACACCCUCCUAUUGACUCAGAGGCAGGCCGCACAUGCCGGCCACCUUCCGCCGGUGGAGACGGUGGUCGCGGCAGAACAAGGCCGACCAGAGGACGCGGUUUCGUAAGGAGAUCUACUGAGCCUCGGACUAUACCUCCUCCGAGCAGGUGGACGAGCGACCUGCGGUUGACGGCUGAUGUCGAGCGGCGGCGCGGCAGCUCCGGCGGCAGACCCCGCUGUUGGCGACGAACUACUGCGUUACAGGCGGAGUUUUUCUACGGAUCGGGACGCCAAGAUUGUAACGCUGCAGCGAGUUCCAUCCGGUGCCGCAGGACGCCUCAGGAGUUCCAUGCCGGCGGGGGCGGCUCCGGCGACUUCAAAAAAUAGAUCUGGAAAAAAUCCAAGUUUGGACUUCCCAGAACCAUUUGUUUUUUCCUUCUUCUUCCUUUUGCUGAAACCAGUCCAUCUGGUAUCAAUUUUUUUUUUCUUUUGUUGAAAAUCAGUUCUUCGUCUCACGUUUGUUUUAGAAGCUCAAGAAAACGUGAAUCUUUUUGGACUGAUUCCCACAGACGGCGCCAGUGUUGAGUUUUAUCCAACACGAUAUAGUAAAUAUAUGUAUAAAUGUGUAUGAACAAGCUCGAUUUUUACGUGAAAACCCGAAAGGGAGAAAACCACGGGACUUUUUAGGCUAAUGUCCAAGCCCUCUCAUUCUCAUUAGGCUCUCCUCACCAUUACAUAGUACAUUUUGAG